AUGAGAGUGAACGCAGCUAAUUACGAGGAAGGUGGCAGCACCAUCUGCGCAUUCAUCGUGUCGACGUACGCAGACGGAGCGCCGCCGCGGGAUGCACAGUGGUUCUGCAAGGGGCGCCUCUCGCGACUCCGCUACUGCGUGUUCGGUCUCGGCGACUCGCUCUACGCAGACGACUACAACCGCGUCGCGCGCGACGUAGACGAGUGGCUCCACCUGCUGUCGGCGGAGCGUCUGCUCGCAGUCGGCCUCGGCGACGCCCACGUGCCGGCGAGCGAGCACGGCGGGACGACGCGCGACUUCGCAGCCGCCACCUACAGCGACUGCCCGCCGUCCGUCUUCCCGUGCUCGUGCUCGCUGGGAGAGGGCGACUACGCCGCGUGUCCGUACGUGCGCUGCGUCGGAAACUCGGACACGUCGCUCGCGGACGCUCUCUUGUUGAUCGACCGGCCCGUCUAUUCGCUCGUCGUCGACGGCUUCACCUCCGCGCGGUUCCGCGACGCGACCUUCGCGAACGUCAGCGCCGAACAGCUGUUCGUCGAGAAUAGCACGGCACUUAGCGAACUCACGGCGGCUGCGUUCGCCGGCGCGGGCCGCGUCGAGGACCUCUGGCUUCGCUUCAACACGGCGCUGACGACGGUCGACGCGUCGGCGCUCACGCAGCUGCGCCGCUUCAUCCUGUACGACGCCGCCGUCGCCGCGCUGCCGCCCGGGUCCCUCCCCUCCGACCUCCGCCACCUCAAGGUCGAGCACUGUCGGAACUUCCGAGUCGUGGCGGCGGGGGCGGCGUCAUCGCUGCGCGCGCUCGAGGCCGUCACGAUGCGCUGGAACAACGUGAGCAUCGUCGACGCCGACGCGUUCACCAAGGACAACGCCGCGCUGAGAACCAUCGACCUGUCGGAGAACGCCGUCACAGCGAUCACGGCAGGAACGUUCGCGAACCUCCCGGGGCUGGAAAUGGUCAUCCUGACGAACAACGCGGUGACGGCGGUCGCGGCGGGGGCGUUCGACGGGAGCGAGAGGCUGAGCAGGAUCCUGCUGAACGGAAACCAGAUGUCGAUGGUCGGCGCCGGCGUGUUCUCCACGCUCCCUGCACUCAGCGCCCUCUUCCUGCAGACGAACGCGAUCACGACCCUGCAGCGCGGCGCAUUCUCCGCCAACAACAUCGCGCUCGAGACGAUCGUGCUCUCCUAUAACUUCGUCGAGCGUGUUCCGGCCGGGGUGUUCGACGAACUCCCCGCGCUCGCGCUGCUCAUGAUCAACCACAACGAACUUCGGGAGAUCGACCCGGCGGCUUUUUCCGUCGCGAACGUCGCGCUCGUGACCCUCUACCUCCACGCGAACAAGAUCAGGUACGUUGCCGAGGCGACGUUUGCGCCGCUGCCUUCGCUCGCCACGCUAUUUCUGCACCAGAACUUCGUCGCCGAUGUGGCGCCGGGGGCGUUCUCGCAAGCGAACGCGCGCCUCGCGGACGUAUCGCUGUCGUUCAACCGUCUCACGCGCGUCGAGGCGGCGACCUUCGCCGACCUUCCCGCGCUGCGCUCGCUCAAACUCGGCAACAACCUGAUAGAGGGCGUUGCCGCGGGAGCGUUCUCCGCCGCUAAAGACUCGCUCGUCGAGUUAGAGCUGAACAUGAAUCGUCUCGAGGAGCUGGAGGUCGGCGUGGUGUCAAUGGUCGCGACCCUGCGCCGGCUCCACCUACAGGACAACAAGCUGACUACGCUGGCGGCGGAGGCCGUGCCGGCUGGAAUCAGCAUCAACCUGAAGGGUGGGUGA